UGUUCCUAUUCCAAAAAGUCCUUUCAGGAGGUCAAACAUCAUUCUUUUUUACACCUAUAUAUAUAUCAUCAUCAUCAAUCUUCCUCAUCUUUCAAAACUCAAUCAAGAUCCAUCCACAACAAUCUCUAAAUUUCUGGAAAUUAUACAAAAAAUGAAGUUGUCUUUCCCCUGUUCGCAAUGUUUCUGCUCCACUUCAGACGAUAAGGAGGUCUAUAAGAACGAAAAAGGUGGAGAAAGUCCUUCGAAUUUUAGGUUAUUUUCUUACCAUGACUUGAAAAUUGCUAGUGAUGGUUUCAGCUCCAAGAAUAAAGUCGGGGAAGGAGGAUUUGGCUCUGUUUACAAGGGUCGACUUAGAGAUGGGACUAUCGUGGCAAUAAAAGUACUUUCUGUAGAACUGGAAUCAAUGAGAGGAGAACGUGAAUUCAUAUCUGAAAUCGCUGCAUUGUCUGAUGUACACCACGAAAAUCUUGUAAAUCUUCAUGGCUGUUGUGUCGAAGGAGCCAAACGUUGUUUGGUAUAUGAUUACAUGGAAAACAAUAGUCUCUCACAUCGAUUUUUAGGUGGUGAGCAAAAUAGAAAUAGUUUUAGUUGGUCAAAAAGGAAGAAUGUUUCAUUAGGAGUUGCUAAAGCAUUAGCAUAUCUCCAUGAAGAAAAGAACCCUUAUAUAGUACAUAGAGAUAUCAAAGCAAGCAAUGUACUUCUAGAUCACAACUUUAACCCCAAAGUUGCUGAUUUCGGCCUUUCAAGAUUAUUUCAAGACGACGCCACUCACAUUAGUACACGUGUUGCAGGGACACUAGGGUAUUUGUCUCCUGAGUAUGCUAUUAGUGGACGUUUGACACGUAAAUCCGAUGUUUAUAGCUUUGGUGUAUUGCUUCUUGAAAUUAUGACUGGGCGUCCGGUUGUUGACUUUGAUAUGGAACAUGGUGAACAGUUUUUGGUGGAUAAGGUAUGGGGUAUGUAUAAUGGUGAGCGAUUGGUGGAUGUGGUGGAUAAUGUGUUGUUGAAAGAGGAUGAUGAGGGGUUGAUAGAGGAAGCAGUGAGGUUUUUGAAGGUUGGGUUGUUAUGUGUUCAAGAGACCACGAAACUUAGGCCACGAAUGUCUGGAGUGAUUAAGAUGUUGAGUGAAGAGAAUAGUGUGGAUGGAGUUAAGAUUUUUCAGCCAGGGUUUGUGGCUGAUCUUAUGGAUGUUAAGAUUAAUAAGAAAAAGUCUACUAUGAGUUUUUGA